CACAGUUGAUGUUAAUGAUUUUGGAAUUAUUUAAUACAAAAAAACUAAUGUCAAUCUUUUGACCAAACGAAACGUAUGCACAAUUUAAAACGUCACAAAUUUAAACCCGAAGCAUCCAAAAUUCGUAAUGUCUACGGGAAUAUUCUCCGAUCCCAUCGACCUAACCGCCAUCAAAGACAUAACGCCCAAGUACGAGCUGUACUUCAUAAAACGACAAUACGACAAAGUAACGUGGAACGACGCCGAAGCGCCAUUGGUGAUGUUCAGAAAGCGCUUCAGAGACUGCUUCUUCAAUUACUCCUUGCCGUUUUCGCUGGCUCUGAUCCUCGUGCUGAGGAGGUCCGUCUUCGGGACGUUUCUGGACGCGCUGAAUCCCCUUCACAACGAAGCGAGUGCUGUCGACAACAAAUUCGCCAUAAUCGAUUACGAAAUCAAGCAUUUCGAUAAGAACGAAUGGCAGAGGUGGAAGCAGAAGAACCGCUUAUUCGAUAACAUGUACGGCUGCCUGAAGCACAUGGUCACCGAAGGCGUUGAGGUUACCUUGAAAAAUCUAGAAAAGAUAUUACAAACAUUGAGAAUUUGCAAUACGUAUAUGAACUCUAUCGAUAGUUCAUUAAAGGAUUUCAAGAAUUUGCAGAUCCUUCAGCUCUCUGAUAACAAUUUAAGAGACAUUAAUGGAUCGCACCUGCCCAGAAAUUUGAAGAUACUGGAAUUAAAUAACAAUUUUAUAUCCAACGUGGAUCAUUUGACCACAAACGCCCCGAAACGGCUGCUGUAUCUAGGAUUAGGCAGGAAUUGCUUAAAUAACAAUAGUUCUCUGCAUUUACUCAGUGAUUGCGGACACUUCCAGGAACUGUGUUGCCUGGAUUUAUCCCAGAACGAUAUAUACGACUUGAACGCUACCAUUAAGAGUUUAUCUUCCUUGCAUUCUUUGGAUUCACUUCUAUUGGAAGGUAACCCAUGUUACAUGGAUCCAUUUUAUAUUUAUCAAGUUUGCCACACUUUCAAAAAAAUGGCAUAUUUGGAUAACACGCAAAUUUUGAAAGAGGAUAAAUACAAAAUGUACAGUUCACAAACAAACUGUAGACCUGUGGUUUUUUUCCAUUGUUACCGAUUGAUGGGCAUUCAGAAACCGACUGUUAUCAAAGGAGCGAAUUUAAUGCAAACGUUUCACGUGGAAAUCUCGUUACCUCUAUUGGAAUCAGUCAGGUUGCCGUCGCCACCGAUAACACCGGAGCCCUCGACAAUGAGUAGCAGCCGCUUAUCGCCACGUAAUUCUGUUACUUCUGUAAAGAAAAGCUUACGUUCACAAAAAUCAGUGAGAAUUCCCGAGCCGUUGUUAAAAAAUAAUCAAUGUAACAGUAUUCACGAAUACAAUCCAAAACAAGAAGAGAGAAAUCACGCUUUCAAAACCGUUAAGAAAACAUGGAGCCCUGUUAUAGAAUUUCCUCAAAUGGCCAUUGAAAUUCCUAACGAUGAUUUGAUACUUAUGAGGGACACCCUUCGAUCAACAGCUAAAGUAGACAUUGUUUAUUCAGUGAUAUCCCGUAAUAUUUCGUCGAAAUCCAAGACCGCUGAAAUUAUCAACGACGAUAACAUCACCAUUGAAUCGAAGAUGACGUUAGCAAGUUUCACCUGCAAUUUGGAGACCUGGAAUUGGAGCGACCAGUAUCUAGAUUUCUUUUGGGAUGAACGCGUUUGCGCCAGUAGACCAGCGGUUAAGGUUAAUGGAUCAUUGAAAAAUUUAAACUAUACUGGUAAGAAGAAAUUAGAAGAUCCCACCAAUUUUCCGCAAACGGUACCUAAAAAUAUGGCGUUGCAUUUUGGCUUUGAAAUGGCGAGAAAUUUAUUCCAAGAAGACAAAAUGAAAUCCAAUCCAUGUAUAAAGCAUUCCCCAUACUAAUAAAAUUAACAAGUGUG